UGAUGGCUUUUUUGACAAUGUGGACUAAACGCUGAAACACAAGACGAGUUGGACCGGCUAUACAAGAGUAUGUCGUCUGACCAACUGCGAUUCACGACAGAGAGAGCAUUGCCACCUGAAGUCCUGAAGCAUGUUAUCUCGUGUCGCAGUGCCAUAUUGUCGUCCUCUCGCGAGGCGCGAAAGCACAAGGUCGAUGCGGAGAGGGAACGUCUUCCUGAAGCAGAAGUCAGGACAGCUUGGGACGGCCUCAUUAACGCGUGCACAAGGAUUCCGGGAAAUGAUGAUGUGAAGCCGAGAUUGGAGCGUAUGCUUCAGUUACCACGGAAUGACGUACAUGACAUGCCAACGAGAUCUGACUUUGCAAAACGACUACGCCAGUGGGAAAGUGAAGUAGCAGAAUACGGUGACCAUUCCUCGGAGAAGUCUCAUGAAGACGCUGCUCGUCUUUAUUGUAUCGCAGAGGCGGCCGCUCAAGCGGCAUUGACGCUACGCUCUCACAGUCAUGAGCUAUCACUGUCGGGCUCUGAACCGAAGCAGGCUAAGUGCGAUGGCAUUACGGCUGCGACUCUCGGUAACUUCCCCCCUGAACACAUCACCCUCACCGCAUCAGAUCGUUCCAGGCUGAAAAAGCUUGCACUGCUGCCGUCUCGUCGUAGCAAACCCGUAUCCCAUACAAGGGCCCCCCUCACUUCAGCCUCACCCUCAGCCGACUUCAAGAAGGCAUUUGACAACAAUGAUCUUGUUGCGACAUCACGACUUCAAAGGCCAGUGAGUCCUUCAGACGACUUGAGUGUUGCUUUGCAGGUCUUGUCUUUAGACAGUCGCGAGGCUGACACGACCUCGUACACUGUGCUGCGUGACGAAACACUCCAUGCUUCUACAUCGGAUAGCGAUAGUGGUGACGACGAUAAUGGCAAUGAUGAAGAUAGCGAUGAAGAUGACAAUCGCGAUACAGAGGAUGAUGGAAGUGGAAGUGAGGAUAGUGAUGAGGGGGGAGAUACCGACAUAGAGAAAGGCCGAGACGAUGAAGAUAUCGUCAACAGUGACGGUAACACGCCCCAGCCUGACACAGACGACGACGAGGAUGCACCAGAUGACAAAGCUACUAAUACGAACAUCCUUUUACUUCCUCUGCUCGUGCAGGAGUACAAGAAGUUUUUAGAUAACAUGCAGCAGAACGGGGUCAACCAAGGACGUAUGGACCUCAUCGCUUGUAUCAAAUUUCUUUCUGCACUUGGCAUUCACAAUUUCCCAGUGUUCAGUAUCAUUACAGAAGGUACACUUGGAACUGUUUGUUGUGCAUAUAUGAAGGACGACAAGGAAGGUCGCAUUUAUGAGCACAACGUCCGAACAUUUGACGUAUCAAACCCUGUCGACGCCUUCAACCUCGCGACUUUCCUUACCUUCAUUGUUACCAUUCAUAAACGCAAGUUGAUGGACCAAUUUACUGUCGGCAAGCAGCAGGAGCUCUGGCAGAAUUUUAGGGACAAGAACAAAACAUUGAACUGGGCCAUGAGUCACCAGUUUCCUUCAGUUUAGAGUGUCGCGCAUAUCAGAGUAGCUUCACCACUUCAAAUCAGUUGACGAGUGACUCUUGCGAGCGUUAGAGCCAUCUUUUUUCCCGACGGCCGGCAGAGAAUCAGCAUUGCAGUCCGUCGAUCGGCCACACUGCCGCACAACCAGACGAUAGUGCUCAGGUAGCGCAUCAAUGUCCAUCAC